ACAUCACUGCCGUCAAGUGAACACUGUAGUGUCGCAAAAAAGAAAUAUGGCGACUGCAAUGACAGGACGUGGUAUGGCUUUCAUUAGAAGUAUAUCUGGGGUGUUGCAAUCACGGUUACAGGCUCUGGGUGCCGGUCCUCUGCAGCUCUCAUGUCUGCACACGAGCACGUCACUGGAAUCAAAGCACUGGGAGAGGAACAACCUGAAAAUAUUUCCACCUCAGAAACCAGAUGAACCUCGCCGGCCAGCAGAGGUUUACCACAGCAGAAGGCAGAUUAAGUACAGCAAAGACAAGAUGUGGUACCUGGCCCACAUGAUCAGAGGGAUGAGCAUCGAUCAGGCCAUUGCACAGCUGCAGUUCAACGACAAGAAGGGAGCAAAGAUCAUGAAAGAGGUUCUUGAGGAAGCCCAGGAGAUGGCGGUCAAAAAUCACAAUGUAGAGUACAAAUCCAACCUGUAUGUAGCUGAGUCCAACUCUGGCAAAGGGAGGUACUUGAAGCGGAUCCGUUACCACGGUCGCGGGAGGUUCGGCAUCAUGGACAAAGUGAACUGUCACUACUUUGUCAAGCUGGUGGAAGGCUCACCCCCCAAAGUGGAGGAGAGGACGAGCUUCGACCAGGCCAAAGAGUACGUCGAGUACCUCAAGAGCAGAACCAUCGUCCACAGCCUGUAGACCUGCUGAUAGGAGGAUAUUUCACAUGAUAUUUUUCUCUGUAUGUGUGUGUGUCAUUUGACUUUUGUAAAUAAAGCAUAAAACUUUA